AUGGCCUACUGCACCAAGACGAUCGACAGGAAUGGUAUAUCAUGCAUCGCAGCAUGCAUCGCAUCAUGCAGGAACCAUCUCGCCAUCCGCGCACCUCUUCGCGCCGAACUGGCCUGUCUAGCGAAUAUGGACCAGGGACUUACGUCGGCGAGAGUAGCUCAGCGCAAGCGGAAACAGUAUGUGACGUUAGAUAAAGGCCUUCUCACGUUGCGACUUCGGCUUUUGUCCUUCUUCCGCGCCUCACUCUCUUUGCUGCUCAAGACACCUCUUCCACGGAGGGCACCGGAUCAUCCAAUCGGGACGCUCUGUUAGGAUGCAUAUAUUUGCAGGCCUUUUGGCCCUAACUUUAGUAUCCGCCGCAGAUAUCGACACGGAGGGUCUCCCGGACACCGGCCUGAAUACCUCAAGCUGGACCACUGGGACUGCGCCACCCAUUGACGAUCUUGUGGAUUUGAACGAUAUGCAAAUCGCUGCCAAGAACACUCUAUCUGGUGCAAACUAUGCGUAUUACCGCACCGCGGCCUUGGACGAAAUUACGUACACCAGGAAUAUGCUCGAUUGGAAUAAGAUCCGCGUCAACGGCUUCUCGUUCGCCGACGUCUCCGAUAUCAAUCUAAACACCACUAUCCUUGGCUACAACUUCACUGCACCAUUCUUCAUCGCGCCCGCAGCGAAAGCCGGCAAGGCCAACGACGGCGCCGAGCAAAAUUUCGUGAAAGCUGCCUCCACGGCCGGGAUUGCCUAUUGUCCUUCAAUAUCAUCCACUCAAACUAUCGAAGAGAUCGCAUCCGCUGCUUCAGAGGGCCAAGUCAUGUUUCAUCAGGAAUACAUCUGGUCGAACCAAACACGACUACAAGACGAACUGGAUCGAAUCAAGGCCGCCGGGUUCAAAGCCAUCUUCCUGACCAUCGACAACACCGGCAUCGACGGCAUCCGCGACCGUUCCUUGAGAUUCACCUCGGAGAGCGACAGUACCACGCACAGCGCCACUUUCACCUACAAGGCUCUCGACAAGCUCCGCAACAUGACCGACCUCCCCAUCGUGCCAAAGGGAGUCAAGACCGCUCACGACGUCAAACUGGUCGCCGACCUCGGGUUUCCCGCAGUCUACAUUUCCAACCACGGAGGUCGAGUUGUCGACCUGGCUCCGACUGCCGUCGAAGUCCUCCUCGACGUGCAUCGCCAGUACCCGGAAGUCCUCGACCAGAUUGAAAUCUACGCCGACGGUGGUGUCCGUCGGGCGACGCACGUCAUCACUCUGUUGGCUCUGGGCGUCCGUGCGGUGGGGUUGGGGCGAUCGCCCAUGUAUGCGAAUAUCUACGGGGAGGAAGGCGUUACGAAGAUGAUUGAGAUUUUGCGGCAAGAAUUGGAGACCACCAUGGCGUUGAUGGGGCAGUCGAACGUGGACGAUCUGAGGGGGAAUACGAGCUUUGUGAGUUCUUAGUUCUUUUGGGUGCGUCGACUGAAGCAUGAGCAUGUUACUGAUGAUUGGUGUGCCAGAUCAAUACUCGCCAAAUCGAGCUGGAUUUCUUCGGUGCGCCGUUGGAUGUUGACACGAGCAGCAGUCCGUUUGCGUACGCCUCGGCGAUCGGCACGAGCAACAACAGCAGCAGCACUAGUAAUGGCACUUCGUCUUUCCGAUUCUGA